AUGUCACAUCAGUCACAGCACAGCCACUUCCCCAUUAGGAAGGACCCUGAUGGCAAAAAUCGAGCGCUUAGCCAGAAUACUAGCUGGAAGGUGUUACAGUUCUCCACUCUUGUACCUUCAGUUCCAAGGGUUCCACACCCUUCCAUACCAGAACUCAGGACUUCCAUCCCUUAG